AUGGAUUGGGCCUUGAGUUUCCAAGCUCGCGGUAACCGCAGUGUCCAAGCUAUCUUCUUGGCUGCUGGUGUGGGGAUUUUCUACCUCCUGCAGCGGAUCAAGAAGUCGAGAUCGACAUUCCUCGACCUCGAUGGCCAGACUGAGACCAAAGAUGCACCGGAGAUGGAGGAUUUGGAAGUGCCAGGUGCCAAGCGGCAACCUUGGGGCAGUGGUCAGGUGCGUUUCCGUCGAAAGGUGAAACUGGAAGCCUCAGCGGCAGCGGCGGAAAGGGAUGUGCAUCUGCCAGGGAAACAGCGGAUUUUCAUGAAAACCCAGGGCUGUGCCCACAACAAUUCGGACAGCGAAUUCAUGAUGGGCUUGCUGCAAAGUUAUGGCUACAGCUUUGUCGACACCUGGCAACAAGCAGAUGCUGUGCUGGUGAAUUCCUGCACUGUGAAAGGUCCCAGUCAAGAUUCCGCUGUGAAUCUGGUGAAAGGAGCUCGCGACCGCGGGAAACCGGUGAUUUUGACUGGCUGUGUUCCAAGUGCAGAUGCCAACCUGGCGAAGAGUCUGGUCGGUGUCAGCAUGCUGGGAGUCUCGCAGUUGGAUCGAGUAGUGGAAGUUGUGGAGCAGGCUCUUCAAGGCCACCAUGUAAGCCUUCUAAGUCAUCGGAGUGUGAUGCCAUCUUUGGAGUUGCCAAAGGUACGGAAGAACCAAUUUAUUGAGAUCAUCCCUAUCAGUGGCGGUUGUUUGGGCAACUGUUCCUACUGUAAAACCAAGCACGCGCGCGGUUCCUUGAACAGUUACUCUGAAGAUGCUAUCGUUUCUCGUGCCCUACAAGCAGUGGAGGAAGGUGUCACUGAAAUCUGGCUCACUUCCGAAGAUACUGGAGCAUACGGCCUGGAUAUUGGCAGCAACAUCGCCAAGCUCUUGCAUAAGGUGGCAGACGCCCUGCCGGAACAUGUGAUGUUGAAGCUGGGAAUGACCAAUCCCCCCUACAUGUUGGCGCAUAUCCAAUCGGUUGCGGAGGUCUUAAAGCGUCCCAACGUCUUCGAAUACCUCCACGUGCCCGUGCAGUCGGGCUCGGACGCUGUCUUACGCGCCAUGGUGCGCGAGUACACACGAGCCGAGUUCCAGCGCCUGGUGGAUGGCUUGAGAGCCGAGGUGCCGGAGAUCUUCAUCGGAACUGAUGUGAUCUGCGGUUUUCCAGCUGAAGGAGCUGAAGAUCAUCAGCUAUCCAUGGACUUAGUGAAAGAGUACCGCUUUCCCAUGCUGAACAUCUCGCAGUUCUACCCCCGGCCCAAUACUCCAGCGGCCAAAUUGAAACGCCUCGACGGUCAGACUGUGAAGGCGCGAAGUACUGAGAUGACUCAGCUCUUUGAGUCCUACAGCACGUGGGAUCAUCUGGCGGGUGCGACCAAGAAAGUUUGGUUCUCCGAGACCGAUGAGAAGCGAAGUCAAACAGUGGGCCACACCAAGAGCUAUGCGAAAGUCGUCGUGCCGCGGGAUGAUAAGUUGCUCGGGAGAAGUGCCAUGGUUCACCUGACAUCAGCGACCAAGUGGCACGUCCAAGGGCGGGUGGUGUGA